ACAUACAUACAUACAUACAUACAUACAUACAUACAUACAUACAUACAUACAUACAUACGUACAUGCGUACAUAAUACAUACAUACAUCAUACAUACAUACAUACAUACAUACGUACGUACGUACGUGUGUGUGUGUGUGUGUGUGGUGUGUGUGUGUGUGCGCGCAUAUUGCAUUUUUAAUUUGAAAUUAAUCCUUGAAUUUUCGAAUCCUCGAGUUCAAACAGAAAGAAGCUUUCUCUCCUUUUUUUCCUCUUUCAGUUCAAAACAAAUAUCUAAACAUAGAUAUGUUAUGUCUAUGGUUCAAAAUUUGUCCUCUCUUGCGCGUGCGCGUUCUAUAAGUAUCUUCUUUCGUUCUUCACAAUAAUUAUAGGAAAUUAAAAGGAACUAAGAAAGUUACAUAAAAAUCACAUUUUAAUAUCAAAAAUCGCGAGCGUCAACGAUUGUUUAUUCGUGUUUAUUACUUAUGAUUGCAUUGGACAACGUUUCCUCAUGCACAACUCGACUCUGCGAAUCUUGAAACGGUUUUGCAAACCAAAGUUACUAGGUACUGCAACCAAAGUAAAGAGCCGCUGUACAGAUCCAUUGCUUGUCAGACACAAAGCGCAAAUAGCAAUGCUGGACGGCGAAAAGUUGAGAGAAAUGGAUGUUUCUACGCAACAAGAGAUGAGCCCACUAUCCUGGUUGCGUACUGUAGCUCCUGUCUUCCCAGUGAAUGGCUCCAAAAUUACUAUAAUUCACAAGCCACAAAUAUUUUAUACUACACUGUUGGAGAAGUGUAAGCACGCCAAGAAGAGAAUUACAUUUGCUUCGUUGUACUUGGGUACUGGUCCUUUAGAAACCAAGUUGGUGAAUGUUAUAGAGCAAGCAAUGAAUACAAGCGAUGGCAACAUACAAGUGCGGAUUCUCCUAGACUACAUGAGAGGUUCACGGGGCAAGCAGAACUCUCGGAAGAUGCUGGAGCCAUUGCUCAAAGGCCCAUAUGGCGAUCGCUGCAAAGUCUUCUUCUAUCAUACACCAAAACUACGUGGCAUCAUGAAGGCGAUGAUCCCCGACCGUUUUAACGAGCUCAUCGGCUUGCAGCACAUGAAGUUGUACAUAAUUGAUGAUGAUUUAAUCAUCAGUGGGGCAAACCUCAGCAAUGAUUAUUUCACAAAUCGGCAGGACCGAUACUUUGUCAUCGAAGAUUGCAAGGAACUUUGUGACUUUUAUAAUAGAUUAAUUGAACGAGUUAUGGAAUUUAGCUUUUUAUUACAACCGGAUGGUAAUAUGGAUUUGGAUCUUGCUGUGAACUGCCAUCCUUACAAAGGAUCAGGAAAAACUUUUAUUCGAGAAGCUGCAUUUAGGAUACAAACGUUAUUCCAGAAUGAAAUGGAAAAGCGCGCUAGUCUCAAUAAAAAAGAUGCAGACACAUGGAUAUUUCCAUUGGUGCAGAUGGGUCAACUGGAUAUCUAUCAUGACAGUGACAUAACAUUGAAGCUUAUACAAACGGCUCCAAUGGGAGCUACGCUUAGACUAGCGACCGGUUAUUUCAAUCUAACUUUCGAUUACAUUCAGGCUUUGCUUAGAGAUUGCCAAGCAACGUGUCAUCUUUUGACAGCACAUCCGACUGCCAACGGUUUUUUCAAUGCUAAAGGAAUUGCUGGAGGAAUUCCGGCGGCGUACACUAAAAUAGAGGAAUCUUUUUAUGAUUUAUGCGAAAAAAUGGAUCAGCAGAGCAGAAUAACAUUAUGGGAGUUUAUCAAACCAGGAUGGACUUACCAUGCCAAAGGUCUCUGGUACACUUUGCCGGAUCAGCGAAAGCCAUCAUUGACUCUCAUAGGCUCAUCAAACUUUGGUUACAGAUCAGUUAACAGGGACCUUGAAACGCAGAUAGCCAUAGUGACGAAGAAUGAGAAGUUGCAGGAUGCACUGCACAAGGAACAGGCACAAUUAUUCUCAUGUGCUAAGCCUGCCAUAAGGAAGACCUUCUUGCAGCAGGACAGAGUACCACCAGCCUGGAUGUGAUGCUGUGAAUGACCAAACAUGCCAGAAGUAAUCCAGCUAUCAUGAAAAUAGUUUGGAAUUAUGUAAGAAAGUGCUAUAUACGUUCUCUUAAUUAAAGCUACAUUUUAAUAUUUAAUUUUGCAAUUUUAAUUAUUG